AUGAGUGAUAUAAAGUUAAACGACGCAAAUCAAGUGGGGGACAACGCGGAGGAAACAGACUGGGCGGCGGCCAAAGCGUUUUUCGAACAACUUAAAACAAACAAACCCAGACCGCCCAAACCCAGGUUUGCUGUCACCAUCGCAGUGUCUUCCAGGACCCUCUUCAACAUGGUGGCAGAGAGGCAGAUCUAUGAGCAGGAAGGAGUGGAAAGCUACGUUGCCUAUCAAAUGGAGCACGAGAAUGAACCUUUCAAGCCGGGACCUGCUUUUCCGUUCGUCAAGGCACUGAUGACGGUCAACGCUCGACUGAGGGAGCUUUACCCAGACAGCGAGGAGUUGUUCGAUAUUGUCCUCAUGACUAACAAUCAUGCCCAAGUGGGAGUGCGCCUCAUCAACAGCAUCAAUCACUACGAUUUGACCAUCGAAAGAUUCUGUAUGACUGGAGGGAAAAGUCCAAUAGGCUACUUGAAAGCCUACAUGACCAAUUUGUAUCUCUCUAAGGAUGCUGAGAAGGUCACAGAGGCCAUUGACGAAGGCAUUGCCGCGGCCACAAUGUUCAUGCCUGAGAAGGAGAACGAGCUUUGCGACAAUCAACUUAGGGUGGCUUUCGAUGGCGACGCCGUCCUCUUCUCGGAUGAGUCCGAGAUCAUCGUUAAGCAAAGUGGCUUGGACAGCUUUUUUGAACAUGAGAAGAAGUUUGAGAACAAACCGCUUGCUCAGGGCCCUCUGAAAUGCUUCCUGGAGGCUUUGGGGAAACUCCAGAGAAAAUUCUACGUCAAGAACGAGCGUUUGAAUUGUCCAAUCAGAACCUACCUGGUCACCGCACGUAGCGCCGCCAGCUCAGGGGCUCGAGUGCUGAAGACCCUCCGGAGCUGGGGCCUGGAGGUGGACGAGGCUCUCUUCCUGGCCGGAGCCCCCAAAGGGCCACUGCUAGAGAAGAUAAAACCACACAUCUACUUUGACGACCAGAUGUUUCACAUCGAGGGGGCCAAAGAACUGGGCACCAUUUCCGCCCAUGUCCCCUACGGAAUUGGACAGAAGUACCACAAGGGCAAACUCAUCGAGGAGCCCAAAAAGGAGUAA